AUGAGUAAACCUCGGUCAAAGUCGAAGCAACCUAACCUCGAAGAGGAUCCAGACAAAACGGCGUACAACUGUGCGAUUUGUACUCGGCCGGAUCACGAAGACACACAUAUGGUUUGCUGUGAUCAUUGUCAAAAAUGGUACCACAUCGGGUGUGUCGGUGCCACUGAAGCGGUGGAAAAAGAAGAUGAAUGGAUAUGUCCCGAAUGCCGUGGGUCCGGUACUGCUGCAGAAGAGGUAGAUCCCGACCGCGAAGACGAAGAGAUUGCAGCUGCAAUGAAAGCGUUGGAACAGCAGAGGGAAAAGUUAAAGAAGAAUCAGGCUCAGAAGCUUAAGCUGGCUCAAAUGCAGUUAGACCUGGAACGAGAGAGGUCGGAAAUGCGGUGGGAUACAGAAAAGAAGAUUCUGGAGAUGAAAAUUAAGGCAGAGACAGAUUUUAAUAAUAAACGGGAAUCCGAGCGUCAGAAGUUACAGCAGGAGUUAAAACAGCUCGUUGGAAAGCGAUCCCAAGAGGAAAAGGAGCGAAAGAAGAGUUCGAAGAAGUCCGAUGCCGUCGGGAAAAAAGAGGAUAUGGUGAAUCCUAAAGCGUUCUGCGACAACAACGUGAACCAUUCGACUCCUAUUCCGUUAGCUGGACCUUCGGGGUUGAGUAUCGGCAAAAAACAUCCCAAACAUGGAGGAGCACUGACGCCGGCUAAAGCCCAAACCGGUGAUAGCAGCACUUCCGAAUCGGAAUCCAAUAACAGCAGUCGUUCCGAGACGGAGUCUGAUGAAGAGGAAACCGAAAGGAAAGGUAAGCGUGACAUCGCUAGGAUUGGACCGACCAAGGCGCAGUUGACAGCACGCCAGUUCUUGUCCCGCAAGCUUCCAACGUUUACCGGGCGGCCAGAAGAGUGGCCCAUGUUUUUCAGCAGUUAUCACACGUCCACCGAAGCAUGUGGGUUUUCCAAUCUGGAAAAUUUAGCCCGUCUUCAAGAGUGCUUGAGGGGUGCAGCCAGAGACGCAGUUUGCAGUCGCCUUUUGUCACCGGAUGCUGUGCCCCAAGUAAUGGAGACGCUCCGUAUGCUUUACGGACGCCCCGAGCAGCUUCUGGAUACACUUUUAGCGAAAGUACGGAAGGCCGAUCCGCCGAAGUCGGACAAGUUGACGUCGUUCAUCACCUUCGGGGUGCUCGUCCAACAGCUCUGCGACCACCUCGAAGCAUCGAAAUUGGAGGACCACGUGAAAAACCCUAUGCUCAUCCGUGAGCUAGUAGAAAAACUGCCGGCGACUACGAAAAUUGAUUGGGUACGGUACAAGCGGCAAACAGCGACGGUGACACUGCGUACUUUGGCAGAUUUUUUGUCCGAUCUAGUAUCCGCUGCAAGCGAAGUGGUCGACUACUCCGAUACGUCGGCUCAAAUCAGAGGUGGUAAAAUGGGGAAAGCGAAGAAUGCCACGAAUAAGGAACAGGAGAGCUACGUCUACACACAUGGUGGAUUCGACGGUACCGGUGAAAUAAAUAAGCAAGGUCGAACACCCUGCGUCAUGUGCGGACAAACAAAUCAUCGCUUACGUAAUUGCGAGAACUUCCGCAAGCUCAGUGUGCCACAACGGAAGAAAGCGGUGGAUAAAUGGGAACUAUGCCAGAUAUGCCUCAAUGCUCACGGAAAAGCGAAGUGUAAGCUGAAUAUUCGCUGUACAGUGGGAGAUUGCUCAGAGCGUCACAACAGCCUACUACAUCCUGCCGAGGCUCAGUCGAACUGUAACACCCACAACGUUUUCAACAAGAAUUCGAUUCUUUUUAGGAUGGUGCCGGUUCGGAUAUUCAACGGGGACAAGAGCGUUACGAUAGUCGCGUUCCUAGAUGAAGGAUCGUCAUAUUCACUGGUCGACAGUUCGUUGGCUAGGAAGCUGCAAUGCAACGGUACUACUCAGCCGCUACGUAUCUCCUGGACCGCUGGGGUCUCUAGAUUGGAAAAAGAUUCACAGCGAUUACGGUUGACGAUCGCAGCGUGCGGUUCAAACGAAAAAUUCAUUUUGCGAGAUGUGUACACCGUGAACAACCUAAAGUUACCAGCACAGUCCAUGAGUUUUGCUGACGUGGCCGGAAAAUAUCGACAUUUAGAAGGAUUACCUGUAGCCGAUUAUGCCCCGUCUCCACCGAUGCUUCUGAUUGGGCUCAAACACAUCGAAAUAUUCGCCCCGUUGGAAUCGCGCAUCGGUCAACCAGGCGAACCGAUUGCAGUCCGUUCCAAACUCGGUUGGUCGAUCUACGGGCCACAAGGGUCAAUCACCGGUGAAGGUUUUGUGGGACAACACUCGUGUGCCGGGUUGUCAAACGAAGAGUUGCACGAUCUUCUCAAGUCGCAGUACGCUCUCGAAGAAAAGGGAAUUUCGGUUGAGAUGCUGCCAGAAUCGGAGGAGGACAGAAGGGCACGAGACAUUUUGGAGGAAAGGACAGUUCGUGUCGGCGAUGGCUUUAUGACCGGAUUGCUUUUCAAAGAAGAAAACCCCACGUUUCCGGACAGUCUACCGAUGGCGUUGCGGCGCAUGAAGAGUUUGGAGAAAAAACUGUCAACGAACCCACAAUUGGAAGUGGCAGUAAAGCAACAAAUUGUGCAGUACCUGGAGAAGGGCUACUGUCAUAAAGCGACGAAGGAGGAGUUAAAUUCUGCUGAUCCAGAAAAGUGUUGGUACUUGCCGCUGAACGUCGUCGUCAACCCAAAGAAAAAUAAAGUUCGCCUUGUAUGGGACGCGGCGGCGGAAGUAAACGGGGUGUCACUUAACUCCAAAUUAAUGAAAGGACCGGACUACUUAACGUCGUUACCGUCCGUGAUAGUCAAAUGCCGGGAACAUCUCGUCGGGUUUGGAGGUGACAUCCGCGAGAUGUUUCACCAGCUUAAGAUCCGGCCGGAGGACAGGCAGGCCCAAAUGUUCGUGUACCAGAACGAAAUCUACGUGAUGGACUGUGCGAUAUUCGGCGCUAGCUGCUCUCCUAGCAUGGCGUUGUACGUAAAGGACAAAAAUGCUCGAGAUUUCGCCGACCAGUUCCCCGAAGCAUACGAAGCGAUCGUCCACAAACACUAUGUGGACGAUUACUUUGAUAGCACUGACACCGUUGAAAAGGCAGUCCAGAGAGCGAGUGAGGUAAGAUUUGUGCAUUCUAAAGGGGGCUUCGAAAUCAAGAGUUGGGUAUCCAACUCCCCCAUUUUCCUGGAGCGCAUGGGGGAAACGGAAAAUAAGGAGGCAAUUCACAUUGAUUCGGCCAACCCCGAACGAGUCUUGGGUAUAGUUUGGGACACAAGAGACGACGUUUUCACGUUCACAACGAAGAUGCGUGACUCGUUGUUACCGUAUUUAUACGACGAACAGGUGCCUACAAAGCGUGUAGUGCUUAGCUGCGUCAUGAGUCUUUUUGACCCUCUAGGACUACUGGCACCGUUCACCUUCUAUGCGAAGGCGCUGAUCCAAAUUCUGUGGCGAAUGGGCUGUGAGUGGGAUCAAGUCAUCGAAGGCGAAGCACUCGAAAACUGGAAAUUGUGGACGGGUCACUUAGCUGAUGUUGAGGCGGUGCAAAUUCCUCGGUACUACUUCGGCGAUGGGUUAUCUCUCGACUACUCAACGUUGCAACUACACAUUUUCGCAGACGCAAGCGAAAAGGCAUACGGAUGUGUAGGCUAUUUUCGCAUCCUGGCUGGUGGUAUCCCUCGGUGUGCGCUGGUACAGGCGAAAUCAAAGGUCGCUCCGAUCAAACAAGUGUCGAUCCCCCGGAUGGAACUGAUGGCAGCCGUCUUGGGAUGUCGUCUGGCAGACACAAUCAAAGAGAAUCACAGCUUGACAGUAACGCAAGUUUUCUAUUGGACGGACUCCCGCACCGUGCAGUCAUGGAUUGUCUCCGACCAACGGAAAUAUAAGCCGUUCGUGGCAUUCCGGAUCGGGGAGAUCAUCAGCCGGUCACAGCCAUCGGAAUGGCGUUGGCUGCCAACCAAGUUAAAUGUAGCAGACCAAUUGACCAAGUGGAACAAAGGCCCACAGCUGGUUUCUUGGUUCCGGGGUCCACAGUUCUUGUAUGGACCAGAGUCUGAGUGGCCGCAGCAUCGAUCCACGAAACCGAAUGUAGAGGAAGAGAUGCGAACGGCGUUUUUGUUACACGACAUCGAAGUACAAGCUCAGUUAGUGGACGUGUCCAGAUUUUCCAAGUGGAACGUGCUCGUCAGAACGCUGGCAUGUGUGAAGAGGUUUAUCGACAAUACGGACCAAGAGGCUAGGAAAGGCUAUCGAAACAGUUCCAGCAUCAACGAACGUCAAAGCGUUGGUCAUGACGAAGUUGCAGACGAUCGUGAAACCAUUGACCCGUGA